AUGGAGCUUACAGAAGAGAAAAGAUUCGUCAAAACAUCGAUUUUCAUGCUAUCCGAUACACACGGCAUGACACUUGACGAAAGAAUUCCCGAUGGUCCCGUCGCAGACGUCUGUGUUCACGCGGGGGAUCUGACUGAAGAGUCAAAACUGGAAGAAUUCCAUUCAGCAAUCGCGCUUCUGCGAAGGAUAGAUGCGCCGUUGAAGCUCGUCAUCGCCGGAAACCACGACUUCACACUCGAUACGCCAAGUUUCAAACAGAAAAUCCGAGAAAUCAAGCCACGUCUCGAGCCAACACUGGUCAAGAAAUUCUACGGCGAUUAUGAAGAAGCCAGGCAAUUGCUACUAAACGCCAAGGAGGAGCAUGGAAUCCAUCUGUUGAACGAAGGAACGCAUGAGUUCAUGCUCCCAAAUGGAGGCAAGCUACGGGUCUACGCCAACCCGUACACGCCAUCGCUCGGCGAUUGGGGCUUCCAGUACCGCCCAGACGACGGCCGCAAUUUCGCCAUCGAGGACGGGACCAACAUUGUCGUCACUCACGGCCCCCCGCGGGGCAUCCUAGACCGCACCAACAAUCGAGAGCGCGCCGGCUGCCCAGACCUCUUCGCGGCCGUCGCCAAAGCAAAGCCGCAGAUACACUGCUUCGGCCACAUCCACGAAGGAUGGGGUGCGAAGGUAGUUGCCUGGCGCAGCAAGCUGAGCGAGAAGCCGUCGUUUCUCACAGACAUUGACAAUUCCGCCUCCAGCAUCGUCGAGCAGCUCACUACCCUUCACGAGACCAAAUUUGACAGUCUCGAAGACGCAGAUGCCAAGAGGAAGAAGCUGGAAAAUUACAAAUUGCAUAAGUACUGCACUGCCAGCGUGCGUGCACGGGACGAGGGCGACAUUGGCAGGACCUUGUUUGUAAACGCAUCCAUCAAGGGCGACUCGUCGUCGGAUGUCGAUCUGCAGCUACCCUGGCUCGUGGACGUCAUGCUGUCCCGCGAGCCAGACCCUGUCGAUUCGUCGGCGGCGACACCCUCGUACAGCAAGGAUAUCUCUGCUGCUGCCUCUUGCGGUGACUCUAGCCCCGAAGAGGGGGUACAGGAGGAGCAAAAGAAACUGAUCACGGAGAGUACAUCCGCAAAGAGCUGUAGGAGGAAACUUCCCUCGGAGCGCACACGGUAUACGGAAAAGACCGCAUGGGAAAAACGACCGUUGGAGGUGGAUCAUCAAGCAGAAUCGGGUUCACAACCCAAGACGCGGCGGCAAUUGCCCAAAAACAGAUGA